CAGAAGCCGAUUUUCAUUAUUCAAAUCGUUGCGCCGUCAUCAUGCCCAUGCUACCCAUAAAUCCCCCCCGCCGCACCAUGAGCAUCUUGGACUGGGGCCGGGCCACCCUCGAAGUAGAGUCCACAAAGGGCGACAUUGUCACAUUCAACAUCCUCGUACAUCCCGAAGUGCCACUGAGUCUUCGAUCCUCUGGUCCCGACGCGUACGUCGUUCGCCGCCGGUUCAAGCAAUUCGCCGAGCUCCACCGGCAACUCAAAGCGCUAGGGUUCAUCCUUCCCGACCUGCCCAAAGUCGACUUGAUCACAAACUUGUUGAUUCGGCUAACUCCAGAAGUCACACUCGUCGAACGACAGGACCAACUGCAGCAGGUCCUGGACGCCAUAAACCAGUCGCGUGCGAUGCAAAGCACACCAGCGUACGCUGCGUUUAUCGGCCAGCCUCCUGAAACGAAACCAGGGUACACAUCGUUUUCCGAAUACAAGUGCAAUGAACUUGUCAUGCCUGGUCGAGCCAAGUCCGCGUCGAUCGCAUGAUGAUCACCGCCGUUUGGGUUGCGAUGUCGUUGGUGUAAUUGUAAUGUCAUGUUCGAG